AUUCACAGUUUGUGCAAAUUAUAUUGGAAUCCAUGUCCAGGUUUGUAUCCAUUGCAUACACAAAUAACACUGCUGUCAAUCUUCACGAGCUGUAAGGUGUACUUCAUAACAUUCAAGUUGCAGCUAAAACAAAAUAAAUAAAGACAAUGUCAAAACCAAAGACAACGAUUGACCUUGUCGGCGACGAGUGGAAGCUAAGUGUUGAUGAAAUUUGUGCACGAUAUGGCACAAAUGCAACUACGGGACUCACCACCUCCCAGUCCAAAUUGAACAGGAAGCAAUACGGAAAAAAUGAGUACAAGGACAAAAACGCCCCGAAAAAGUCAAAGGAGGAGAAAGAGAAGGAAAAGCAAUUAAAGGAACAGCAAAAACUUGCAAAGAAGGCUGCAAAAGGGGAAAAGAAAGAGGAGAAGAAAAAGGACGACGUUAAAAAGAUGGAUGAACAUUACGGCACUAUUUCCGUCCUCCGAGAUGGUCAAGUUGCGCCCAUGUCGAGCAAGAAGUUGGUUGUUGGGGAUAUUGUGGAACUCGCAGCCGGACAAGAGGUUCCUGCAGAUGUGCGAAUUAUCGUGUCAAAUGGACUCCAGGUUGACCCUAGCGCUGUAACGGCCGGAAGUCCAAAAACGAUGGGGAUUAAUUCCACAAAUGAUAACCCCAUGGAGACUGACAACUUGGCAUUUUUCCACUCCAAAGUGGUGGCUGGAUCCGGGAGAGGAGUUGUCAUUGCUGUUGGAAAAAGUACCAAGUCGGCCCAGCUACAAAAAUCUGCCAAACUGGUCCAAUAAUGUUUUUGGAGAUGUAAAAUAACCUUCCAUAAAUUUUCUUAGUUAAUACAAAGAUUAUAAAAUCGUCGAAGUGAACACAUAAA